CUAAUAUCUAACUAAUGGUGAUCAUACAGGGUCUAAACAAAAUAGUUCAAAUGCUUCGAAUAUUUCGAAUUUGGGGCCGGUUAUGAUGAUGAGUGAUGACGAUUUCUUAAACUUUCCAGUUUGGUUUUCAGGAUGCACCAUAAUCAUUGUUGUGACUGUUAUAGCAAUAGCUAAGUCGAAGAAACCCUUGAAGACUUUGUUAACGGAGGCGAGAUAUGAGCUACUUUAUAAUUAUGUUGGCUCGAAAGGGAUGCUGCAGGAUUUCAUGAUGAGGGGCAGUAAUAAAAUAGAAUUGCCUGUAAAAUCUGGAACAACAGCUCUAAUAACUGGUGGAACAAGAGGCAUUGGAUUGGAAGUGAUCCGAAUGCUUUUGAAAUGUGAUAUAAAUGUUAUAAUCGGGUGUAGAAAUCUUCAGCAAGGUGAAUUGUUGAUAGCUAAUUUUAGAAAAGAAGGAAUAAAAACAGGGAAUGUUGAUUUAUUCAAUUUGGACAUCAGUGUACUCGACUCUGUGAGGACAUUCUCAAAAAAGGUCACAGAAAAAUAUUCCGAAAUACAUUAUUUAAUUAACAAUGCUGGUAUAAUGUUCGGACCUUACAUUGAAACUAGAGAUGGAUAUGAAUCGCAAUUCUCCACCAAUUAUCUAGGACAUUUCCUUCUGACUUACUUAUUGCUUCCCCUUUUGGAAGCUAGUGGUAAAAAGGAAGAAAAAUCAAGAAUUGUGAAUGUCACGUCUUGUGCUCACGUCGUUGGUGAUAUCAAUUUCGAAGAUAUUAAUUACAGGAAUAAUUACAUAGCUGGUGCAGCGUAUGCUCAGUCGAAAAUGGCUCAAGUUUUAUUUACCAAAUAUUUGGAUGGUAUUUUUAAAAGCGAUGGCUUACCUAUACAAAGUCAUUGCGUUCAUCCGGGUAUAGUCAAUACAGAUUUGUUUAACAAUAGUUAUAUAAAGAAAUUAGCUCCGGCUAUACCUGCCUUAUUGUUUAAAACCCCAGAAAAGGGCGCAAUUCCCAUUGUAUAUGCUUGCUUGUCGCCAAAAUUGGAAGAUAAAGGAGGCACUUACAUACAUAAUUGUCAGAUAUUCGAGCCAAGUUCAAGUACCAAUUCGGAGGAUUUGCAGAAGAAACUGUUUGAUUUCACUAAUAAAUUACUUGGCAUAUCCGAUUUUACCGGCAAAUCAGAAAAGUUACCCAAAGUGAUUUCAAAAUGAUAGAUAAAAACGCACAAGUACUCUUUACUUAUUUGUAUAUUUGUAUGUAAAAUAUAUUUUUUACUCUA